AUGGAUGAUUCGGACGGCAGCCAGCAAGGCAGGUGUAUCAGCAGCAUUCCAGCCUACGUGGAGAUGUGUCGGUUUUUUCUUGCUCUUUGCCCGGUCAUUGACAGUCCCACGGAAGACAAAGUCUUCACGGCCAGAACAUGGAGCUGUCGCGGCUGGUGCAGAUUGGAGAGAGCCGCGCGCGAGUUGUCCGUGCACGACACCUGGAUCCUAGUUCAAAGUUCUGCGUCCAUCGAGCUAGUCGGCACCGCUUUGUCAUUUCCCAUCGACUCUGUGGGGGACGGCGAGUUCACUAUAGCAGCUGAUCGAGAUAGACUUGCGCCAAUAGUGCAAAGUUUGCUACGGAGAAAGCUGCGGUUGUGCUUGCAGAAGCGGGAGCUACCUGCAUACCGCCGUUUGCUGAAUCUACAAACAGUGCACCUGCGGGGGCUGGCGGCUGAGCCCAUAAAGGACCUCGUGCCUGGCUUCUCUGCAAGAUGGCGGCCGAAGCACUACGCAGCACUCUCUGGAAACGUAGACGUGGUGGAAGGGCUGCUUCAGCUUCGGGCCAAUCCAAACCAGCGAACCUCGAGAGAUGUGCCACAACUGGGACUGCCCCUUUGGAUGUCGCCGCUGGACCUGGUAUUCUACAAACACAAUGAGGCAGCACAGCUGCUCCUCGCGGCUAGGGCCCACAUGGAGGGCGGCGUGGGACCAGCGUUGCAUUGGGCAUGCAACGCGAACAACGCGGUGGGCGCACGUCUGCUCUGCUGUGCGGGCAGUUCGCCCCUGGCGAGAAAUCUUCUUGGGCCAAACGCGUUGGACUGUGCGGGCGCUUUUGGAAGCAUGGCAGCGCUGGAGGAAAUGCUGCAACACUGUCACCCCACUUCGCUUGAUGCGUCGAGGGCUCUACUGUCAUGUUCCGAUGGCGGUCGGGGUGCUUCCGCCAAGAUGGUGCAGCGACUGAUCGACCUGAGAGCGGACGUCAACUUCCAGCGAAACCUCCGCCGCGACUGGACCCUGCUGGGCCGCAUGCUCUUCAGCGCCCAGGCCCUGAAGCACCGGUUCGGCACAAAAACAGUUGGAUCGACAAGAGCCUAUCACGCCUCCGGAAGCACGGCGCUCAUGUGGGCCUUGGUAUCGGCUCAGUACGAGGGUGCCGCAGCCCUGCUUGCUGCCGGCGCACGGCUAGACAUCUGCAACUGCAGAGGCUGGAGGGCAGCUGAUUUUGUGAAGGGACUGUCAAUCCCCAGCUUUUUGCAACAAGGUUUAGAAGAAGAUCCGUCGGAAUGCAGGCGGGUGGCAUGUCUCGCCCUCUCUGACGAUGACGUUUUUGAAAUUUAG